UUCCUGUUGAGUGUUCAAGAUGGUUGUAAUGUGCCAGGAUGGGGGAGGGCGGGUCCCCCGGCGGGGGCGGAGCGCGGCUGUCGCACACGUCGGAGAAGCAUCCGCGCGCCAUACUCGGGGAGCUAUCGGCGCUCCGCCGGCAUCGCGAGCUCUGCGAUGUCGUACUCAACGUCGCCAACAGGAAGCUAUUCGCACACAGGGUGAUCCUGUCGGCGUGCAGCCCGUACUUCCGAGCGAUGUUCACGGGCGAGCUGGCGGAGUCGCGCGCCACUGAGGUCACGAUACGUGAUGUCGACGAGCACGCCAUGGAGCAGCUCGUCGAGUUCUGCUACACCGCUCAUAUCGUCGUCGAGGAGAGCAAUGUUCAGGCCCUUUUGCCGGCUGCAUGCCUACUACAGCUGCAAGAGAUCCAGGAUGUAUGCUGCGAGUUCCUCAAGCGGCAAUUAGACUGUUCCAACUGCCUCGGCAUCCGCGCCUUCGCAGACACUCACUCCUGUCGAGAACUCCUCCGCAUCGCUGAUAAGUUCACGCAGCAGAACUUUCCAGAGGUGAUGGAGAGUGAGGAGUUCCUGUUGCUGCCAGCAGCUCAGCUGAUAGAUAUCGUAUCCUCGGACGAGCUGAACGUUCGCUCCGAGGAGCAAACCUUCCAGGCGGUCAUGUCCUGGGUCAAGUACAAUGUUGCAGAGAGGCGGCAGCACUUAGCACAGGUGCUGCAGCACGUGCGCCUGCCGCUGCUGAGCCCCAAGUUCCUGGUGGGCACGGUGUCGUCCGAGCUGCUGAUCCGCUCCGACGACGCCUGCCGCGACCUGCUGGACGAGGCCAAGAACUACCUGCUGCUGCCGCAGGAGCGGCCGCUCAUGCAGGGCCCGCGCACGCGCCCGCGCAAGCCCACCAGGCGAGGCGAGGUGCUAUUCGCCGUGGGCGGCUGGUGUUCGGGCGACGCGAUCGCGUCCGUCGAACGCUUCGACCCAGCGACGGCCGAGUGGAAGAUGGUCGCGCCCAUGUCCAAGCGACGCUGCGGCGUGGGCGUGGCCGUGCUGCACGACCUGCUGUACGCGGUGGGCGGCCACGACGGCCAGAGCUACCUCAACAGCAUCGAGCGGUACGACCCGCAGACCAACCAGUGGUGCGGCGCGGUGGCGCCCACGUCGUCGUGCCGCACGUCGGUGGGCGUGGCCGUGCUGGACGGCGCGCUGUACGCCGUGGGCGGCCAGGACGGCGUGCAGUGCCUCAACCACGUGGAGCGCUACGACCCCAAGGAGAACCGCUGGACCAAGGUUGCAGCGAUGACGACGCGGCGGCUGGGCGUGGCGGUGGCAGUGCUGGGCGGGCACCUGUACGCCGUGGGCGGCUCCGACGGACAGUCGCCGCUCAACACCGUGGAGCGCUACGAGCCGCGCGCCAACAAGUGGGCCAGCGUGGCGCCCAUGUCCACGCGCCGCAAGCACCUGGGCUGCGCCGUGUUCGACGGCCAGAUCUACGCCGUGGGCGGCCGCGACGACUGCACCGAGCUGUCCUCCGCCGAGCGCUACGAGCCGGCGACGGACUCGUGGUCGCCGGUGGUGGCGAUGACGUCGCGGCGCAGCGGCGUGGGGCUGGCCGUGGUCAACGGGCAGCUGUACGCCGUGGGCGGCUUCGACGGCACCGCCUACCUCAAGUCCAUCGAGGUGUUCGACCCGGAGUCGAACCAGUGGCGGCUGUGCGGCGCCAUGAACUACCGGCGGCUGGGCGGCGGCGUGGGCGUCAUGCGCGCGCCGCACCACGACAACCACUACAUCUGGAAUCGCAAAGACUCGGUGGUGUGAACACCGCCGUACGUUCAUCUCCUAUCAGGUUAAGUCUCUCUAAGUAUCGUAUAUUUUAUUGUUAAAUCUAUAUUAAUUGACUAUUUAUAAAUAAAUGAAAAUACAAAUUUUAGAAUAUAAA